UAAAAAUAAAUAAAUAAUUAAAAACAUUGAGUUAUAAAUAAUAAAAUUGUAAUUAAAGAAAAAUAGUAACAAAACUAAUUCGUCCUACGAAUCAACCACGCUAUAAAAUUGUGUUGAUAUCAAGAAAUAAAUAAAAAUGAGCUCCCGUCCAAAAGCCGGUUCUUCAUGCGAUAAUCAUCCGAAAGUGAUCAAGAAGAAGUCAUCAUCGACCAGAACCAGAACCAACUAUCCUUCUAUGGACGAACACAUUGCCCAUUGUCGAGCUACCGAUGCUGUCCUUCAAAAGACCAUUACAUCAGACGAACAUUUUUCUGCUUUGCCACCAGAUUGUACACUUGAAGAGCUUCAGUCAGAGAUUGCCCUGGCAAGAGGACAAGCCACUACCAUUUACGUAAAACGGGAUGGCCUUUGUGCACUGAAAGUUGUGCUACCCCAGAAAGAUCCGACCAUAGCAAAUUUGAAGAGAGCAAUCGAACGCACAGCAAAUUUACUCCAACAACGUAGAAAAACAACUUCAACAAGCGAUCUCGAAAGAGUAGCAGACACUAAAAAAAGCUCUUCCGACACACCUCCACGGCGAAUUAGUGACGGUGCUUUAAUAGCAGCACCAGCACCACGCUCAGGAAGACCCCAUCAACGUAGUAAUCCAUCGUGGCGUUUUCUUUGGAGAGCUUAUUGCCUGGGUGAGGCAAUAACAUACAACAAAGAGCAAGACCCAUCAAAAUCGAAGUCGAACUCUCAAACCCUGCCAGACACAGACGGCCGUCAGUUGUUAAGUGACUUCGGUAUCGGUCACAAGUCGGUGCUGCGAUUUGUUAAACGCGAAAACUACUUUGGUCGACAGAGGCAACGUAGCUAGAGGC